AAAAAGAUGAGCCACUGGCAGAGCAGGCAAGCUUGUCCUUUAUCUACUAUAAUUUAUAAAAGCUCAGCAUAUAAUUUAAAAAUCCAUAAGAGAUCCAGUGCUCUAAUUAAGAAAUGGUGGGCAGUGGCAGGGCUGCUGAAAUUUCUGUUCAAGAAACUAGCUAUGACAGAGGGAGUGAAUUAAAAGCUUUCGACGAGACAAAAGCUGGUGUUAAAGGACUUGUUGAUGCUGGGGUUUCAAAAGUCCCUCAAAUCUUCAUCCAUCCAUCUGAAAGGUUGGAGCACAGGACUCUAAGCACCAGCAAGAACCCAGUUAAUGUCACUGUCAUAGACCUUGAAGCUAUCGAUAAAGAUCCAAUCAGGCGUAAAGGGAUUGUUGACAAAGUUCGUGAUGCGUCGGAGACAUGGGGUUUCUUUCAGGUGGUCAAUCAUGGAAUCCCUGUGGGUGUUCUGGAGGAGAUGGAUGCCGGUGUACGCAGAUUUUUUGAGCAAGAUGUUGAAGUGAAGAAAAAGUUUUACACGCGAGAUGUCACAAAAAGGUUUGUGUACAACAGCAACUUUGAUUUGCACACAGCACCAGUGGCUAAUUGGAGGGAUACAUUUUUCUCCUACAUGGCCCCUUAUCCUCCCAAGCCUGAAGAAUUGCCUGGAGCUUGCAGAGAUAUAAUGAUGGAAUUCUCGAAGCAAGUUACAAGUCUAGGAAUUUCUUUGUUCGGGCUGUUAUCAGAGGCUCUUGGGCUAAAAACAGAUCACCUGGAAAAGAUGGACUGUGCUGAGGGGCUUGCUCUUAUAAGUCAUUACUAUCCAGCAUGUCCUGAGCCAGAAUUAACUCUAGGUACAAGCAAGCAUUCGGAUAAUGACUUCCUCACGGUACUUCUGCAAGAUCAGAUUGGAGGCCUCCAAAUGCUUCAUCAGGAUCAGUGGGUUGAUAUUCCUCCUGUUCCAGGAGCCCUAGUGAUCAAUAUUGGAGAUCUUAUGCAGCUGAUAUCGAACGACAAAUUUAAAAGUGUGGAACACAGAGUACUGGCAAACCGUGUAGGUCCAAGAAUAUCAGUUGCUUGUUUUUUCAGCACAAGUUUUCAGCCAUCCUCAAAGCUAUAUGGACCGAUCAAGGAGCUGUUAUCAGAAUAUAACCCUCCAAUUUAUAGAGAAACCACAGUGAAUGAGUAUCUUUCCUACUUCUAUGAUCAUGGCCUUGAUGGAACAUCUCCAUUGAUACACUUCAAGCUGUAAAGAUAAUCCUUGAAUUCGGCUAUGUUUCGAUGUAGAUGAAGGUGCUACAUGAGUUGCUUGAUGUUCAGAAUUAAAAUAAUCGAAGAAUGGUUCUUGGAUCUUGAUUGCCAGUUUUAUUGAGCGAUGACAAUAUAUAAUAUCUUAGUACACACGUAAUCCCUAGUUUGGGAUUAAAGAUUAAUCCAGAUGUAUACACGGUGAACCUUGCCCAUCUUGUAAAACGGCUUCCAAUAACGGUGGAUUCAAUGAAACACCUCUCCUUUCACUUGUUUUACUAGUAGGAUAAUAUGAUGAAAAUUUCUACUCGAAA